UUCUUUUCUUCCACCGUAUACGGCUCAGUCGUUGGUCUAUUGUUACGGAGCAGGAGAGAGAUUGAGAGACUCGAGAGAUAGCCUCGAGAACUGAGCACAGACGCACAAGAAGGUUGAAGAAGAAGAAGAAGAAGUUACGUUUGCUUGGAACUGUCACAGCCCCCUUCGUUCCAUCCAAAAACCCCAGGGUUUUUUUGGUUGGACUGAAUCCUUAGUAGCUUAGAACAAGCCGACGGCCUCUCGUUGAAUAGAUCUGCCGAUCGGUGACAAACUCCCAUUUACGGUGGUCGUGGCUGUUCUGGAGUGGGGCAAUUGACGCCGUGAUAUCGGAAGUGACCGACCAGUGAAGAGAACCAUCAUUUCUCGGCGAGGUUUCUUCAAGCAUCGGACGGUUUAAGCGGUUAGCGGUUGUCUUUUCUUGCGAUAACCAAGGGAACUAUGGUUUGGUUGGGUCGGGUAGCUUGAAUUCAGGCACUGGACACCAGUCACUAGUCAGCCGUAGACGCCCGCGGCUACUAGGGGCAAUUUUGGCUUUUUGGGUAAUUCAAGUUGCCCAUCGCAUUUCGGUAGCCGUAGACGCCCGCGGCCACCGCGGUCACAACAAUGAGUUUUCAGCAUGGUAACUUGGAGUUGUGGGUCAGGGCGCUUUUACUAAGUGGAUUUUGAUUGCUUUCUUCUUUUAACUCUGUUACCAGAGGGGGUGGUAAAAUAUGCAGACGCCAAAAGCAAGAAGUGGUUCAUCGGAGGUGCCUCAGAGGACAUCACCAGGGACUCCUAGAGCUGCUCGUCAACUCAAGACAACUGGAUCUGAAUCUGAUUCAGUUUCUUCAACAACACCUGUUAGCAGGACACCAAAAGAUAGAAGCCCCAAAGUUGUUGAGCGCAGGUCACCCAGAAGCCCCAUAACUGAGAAGAAGCGGCCAAGCAGAGUUUCUGAAUUGGAAUCUCAGCUUGCUCAACUGAAAGAAGAUCUCAAGAAGGCGAAGGACCAGCUGACUUCAUCUGAGACAUUGAAGAGGCGAGCCCAGCAAGAGGCAGAAGAGACAAAGAAGCAGCUUUUAGCCACAACCACGAAGCUUGAGGAGUCCCAGCAGCAGUUUCUAGAUCUAUCUGCAUCAGAAGAAGCCCGUCUCCAAGAGCUCCGUAAGAUCUCUCAGGAGCGGGAUCGGGCAUGGCAGUCUGAGCUUGAGGCUGUUCAGAAGCAGCACUCUGUGGACUCAACGGCCUUGGUCUCUGCUAUGAGUGAGAUCCAGAGGCUUAAGAUGCAACUGGAAAUGGUGACAGACUCCGAGGCUGCCCAAAUCGAGCUUGCAGAAACAUCAGAGGCUGAGCUCCAGAGUAUGAAACAGGACUUCGAAGAAACUCUUUCUGUUGUUGAGGAUAUGAAAAUUCAGCUCAAAGAUUGCAAAGAAUCUGAGGCCAAAGCCCAGGGAUUGGUUAGUGAAACUCAAUUGCAACUGGAAACAGCCAAGUCAACUAUGGAGAUUUUUAAGUUGGAUAGCCUUAAAGCAAUGGAAGCUUACAGUUCAUUGACUUCAGAGUUGGAGCUUUCUAAGUGUCAAGUGAGUUCGCUUGAAGGACAAGUGAGCAAACUUCAGGCAGAGCUGGCUAAUGCUAGUGGCGAACAUCCUUCAGAUAUUAGUAAACUUGAAGAAAGUGGAAAACAUGAGGAGAUAAUAGGAUCAGAUAUACUCAAUAUGGAGCUUAAUUCCUUGAAGUUGGAGGUGGGACAAUUAAAGUCUGCCUUAGAAGCUGCUGAGAUCAGGCAUCAGGAAGAACAUAUCCAUAGCACAAUGCAGAUUCAAAUUGCUUAUGAACUGGUUGAGAAAACAAAAUCUGAAUUUUCCCUGAAGGAAGCUGAAUUGGAGGCAGAACUGAAGAAAAGUAAAGCCAUUAUUGAAGAGUUGAAGGCAAGGUUGAUGGACAAGGAAACUGAAUUGCAGAGUAUUUCAGAGGAAAAUGAAGGGUUGAAUAUUAAGAUUGAGAAGAACCAAUGCAAAGAGAGAGAAUCCGAAUUGGAAAUGGAACUGAUGAAGGCCAAGUCUGAUGUUGCAGAUCUGAAAGCAAAUUUGAUGGGCAAGGAGACAGAAAUAGAGAGCAUAUCCAAGGAGAAUGAGACGCUGAACCUGGAAUUCCAGAAGGAAUUGGAAAGGAAUAAGGUGUAUGGUGAGGCCAUUGCCAAGGCAGAGGCAGCUAGGGCUGCAGAGCGAGAAGCUCUGUUGAAACUCAGUUUUGUAACAGAGGAGGCUGAUAAAAGCAGCAAGAAGGUUGAAAGGGUGGUUGAGCAACUGGAGGCAGCACAGGCAGCAAAUUCAGAAAUGGAAGCAGAGCUAAGGAGAUUGAAGGUGCAGUCAGACCAGUGGAGGAAGGCAGCCGAAGCUGCUGCUGCUGUUCUUUCAACUGGAAACAAUGGGAAAUUUAUGGAUAGAUCAGUGUCUUUGGAUGGUUACCAUCAUGUUGGGAAGAUAGGUUCACCUUCUUCUGAUGAUCUUGAUGACGAUUCACCAAAGAAGAAGAACAACAUGCUCAAGAAGAUCGGGGUGUUGUGGAAGAAGAGCCAGAAGUAGAUGCAUCACAAUUUUAAGGUAUUUUUGGCAGUGGCAGAAGCGACUUCUCCUUACUUCAGAGGGAACACCAGGCAGUUGGGCAUCCUUGUAUAGGUUAAUUAAUGCCAAGACUGGGAAAGCUUUUUUAGGUUCUUUUCCUUUUUCCCUGCUUUAUGCGGUUGAAUUGGGCAGUUGCUUGCUGCAAAUACAUAUAUUUUUAUAUAUGCUUCAUGGCAUGGUAAAGGUUCGAUCAUAGAACCCACUGUUUUGUUUCUUAAUGUGAAACGAUUUUGAGAUUGAGCUUUAAGCCUUUAACUUACGCCUUUGGUGUUACUUGGUAUUUACCAA